UAUUUCCUCUGCUUCAAAGAACUCGUGCGAGUCUCUGCCAAGGAGAGUCCGGAUCGUUAGCUAUGGUGACAGGCGGUCAAAUAGGCCCUGCUGGCGGGAGUUCCGGCGCGGUUACCCCUGAAGGUCUGCGCGGCUGGAUCCGAGGAGCUUAUCGCUUUGCCACAGACCGCAAUGACUUCCGCAGAAACCUCAUAGUUAAUCUGGGACUCUUUGCAGUAGGUGUCUGGGUAGCCAGAAACUUAACAGACAUUGAUUUGAUGGCACCACAACCUGUUGCAUAACAGAUUUUACAAAUCUGAACUUCCCUCUACAUGAGAAAAUAGCAAGAAGAAUUGGGGAAAACAGAGACAAUAUUUUACCUCUUACAUCAUUCUUCACCGUGCUUAAUUGAUUCUUUGGCAGCAUUAGGUUUUAUACUUAAUAAUAAUAGAUAACGGUAUUCUAUUGUUUGUUUUGCAGAAAUGUUUUUUACAUAUGUACAUUAUUUUGCAGAAUUGAACUUAGAUUCUGAUCUGAAAUGUGAAAUAAAGACAUGCCAGUGAA